UUUCGAGUUGACAUUUUUCUCGUUCACUAGAUUGCAUUAACAAGAUGUCUCUUAAAGCUGUAGCUGUUUUAACCGGUGAGAAAGUAAAAGGCAUUGUGUAUUUCUCUCAAGAGGCCCCUGAUUGCCCUGUAACAGUCACUGGUGAGAUUUCUGGUCUUUCAAAGGGGCUUCAUGGAUUCCAUGUGCACGAGUAUGGUGAUAAUACAAAUGGCUGUGUAAGUGCUGGGGGACACUUUAAUCCUUUUAAUCAAGAUCAUGGUGCUCCUGGUGACCAAGUGAGGCACGUUGGAGACUUGGGUAACGUAGAAGCUGGGGAUGAUGGUGUGGCAAAGGUGCAAUUAACAGAUAGACUGUUAUCAUUGACAGGACCUCUUUCUGUUGUGGGACGGUCAGUUGUGGUCCAUGCAGAUCAAGAUGACUUGGGAAGAGGUGGACACGAACUUAGCAAGACAACAGGCAAUGCAGGUGGUAGAGUUGCUUGUGGAGUGAUAGGUAUUACCAAGUGAAACUCAAAACAUGACAAGUUGAUGACGAAAAAGUUAGCUGUUGUGCAUUUAUAGUACUUAAGAAGCAUAUAUUUCUAAAUUCUAUGUAUUCCAAUUAAUCUAAUUUAUGCUUGUUUUUUAUAAUUUAUCUCGUAGUAUAUUUAUUAAAGCAAUGUAUUUUUAAUCUACGAUUUAUGUAGAAUAAAAACUCUUGUUUUGAUGCAA